GGGGAGGCGGCGGCCCUCUCGGCCCAGGCCAUCCCGCAGCUGCGGCGGUCGGUGCGCUGCAGGCAGCGCCGGGAGCCGGCUCCUAACAGCUUCCCGCGGCUGCCACCUCUGUCAGUCGGUCCCGGGGUCAGAAAUGGCCCUGGUGCGAGACACAGAACCGGCGGCCGGGUCCUCCCGCUGGCUGCCCACGCACGUCCAGGUGACGGUGCUACGGGCCAGCGGAUUGAGGGGCAAGAGCUCAGGGGCCGGCAGCACCAGUGACGCGUACACGGUGAUCCAGGUGGGCCGCGAGAAGUACAGCACCUCGGUGGUGGAGAAGACGCAAGGCUGCCCGGAAUGGUGCGAGGAGUGCUCUUUCGAGCUGCCACCUGGAGCCCUGGAUGGCCUGCUGCGGGCACAGGAGGCAGAUGGGGCUCCUGCGCCCUGGGCCUCGGGCCCCAAUGCCGCCUGCGAGCUGGUGCUCACCACCAUGCAUCGCUCGCUUAUCGGUGUGGACAAGUUUCUGGGCCGGGCCACCGUGGCUCUGGACGAGGUCUUCCGCGCAGGCCGCGCCCAGCACACGCAGUGGUACAAGCUGCACUCCAAGCCUGGCAAGAAGGAGAAGGAGCGUGGUGAGAUCCAGGUGACCAUCCAGUUCACACGAAACAACCUGAGUGCCAGCAUGUUUGACCUGUCCAUGAAGGACAAGCCCCGGUCUCCAUUCAGCAAGCUCAAGGACAAGGUGAAGGGCAAGAAGAAGUAUGAGCUAGAAUCUGCCUCAGCUAUUCUCCCAAGCAGCGCCCUGGAGGACCCUGAGCUGGGCAACCUGGGCAAGAUGGGCAAAGCCAAAGGUUUCUUCCUCCGCAACAAGCUACGCAAGUCCUCGCUCACGCAGUCCAAUACCUCACUGGGCUCCGACAGCACCCUGUCCUCUACUAGCGGCAGCCUGGUCUACCAAGGCCCUGGAGCCGAGCUCCUCACCCGCUCACCAAGCCACAGCAGCUGGCUGUCCACUGAAGGGGGUCGGGACUCUACACAGUCCCCCAAGCUGCUCACGCACAAGAGGACAUACAGUGAUGAGGCCAGCCAGCUGCGCGCAGCUCCUCCCUGGGCUCUUCUUGAGCUCCAAGGCCACCUUGAUGGUGCCUCCCGCUCUUCGCUCUGUGUCAACGGGAGCCAUGUGUACAAUGAGGAGCCUCAGCCCCCCAUACGACACCGCAGCUCCAUCUCAGGCCCCUUUCCACCUUCAAGCACCUUACACAGUGUCCCGCCUCGGCCUUCUGAGGAGGGGCCUCGGCCAUCAGAUGACUCUUGGGGAAGAGGCAGCCGUGGCACCAGCAGCUCAGAGGCAGUACCUGGACAGGAGGAACUGAGCACUCAGGCCAAAGUGCUGGCCCUGGGGACCAGUUGCUCUGGAGAGGAAGAGGGUGCCCUGCCUCCAGAGGGAAAGCCGGUCCAGGUUGCCACACCCAUGGUGGCAUCCUCUGAGGCUGUGGCAGAGAAGGAGCGGAAGCCCAGGAUGGGGCUUUUCCAUCAUCACCACCACCACCAUCACCAGGGGCUGAGCAGAAAUGAGCUGGGGCGCCGUGGCUCAGUUGGAGAGAAAGGGAGUCCUUCUCUGGGAGCCUCCCCCCACCACUCAUCCACCGGGGAGGAAAAGGCCAAGAGUAGCUGGUUUGGCCUGAGAGAAUCCAAGGAACCAACUCAGAAGCCCAGCCUGGACGUGUCUCCUCAGGUAGAAUCUGACCCAGCCGCUCCUCCUCACCCCUGCUCCCCCCAGGCUCUGGCCCCCCCUACUCCUGCUCCCACCGCUGCUCCCAUGCUAAGCACUAACCUUUUUGCAGCCACCUCCCCUGCUGCUGCCACUGCCGCUGCUGCCACCAUUGUCCCUGAAGCCACCCCAUCUGGAUUCUUGGGGGUCACCAACCCAUUCCUCACCUCCUUGCAGAGCAACCCCUUCUUCGAGGAGCUCAAAGCCGACAUAGCACUAAAUUCUCCUUCACCUGCUCCCUCUCUCCCCAGUGCCUCGAGGGCCAGGCUGGCCCCCCUGGCCUCCCCUGGGAAAGCCCUGCCUGAGUGGGACGACACCUUCAACAUCUUUGCUGCUGGCAGGCUGCAGCCAGAGGCCAGGAGUGAUAUUCUGGCCCCUGCAGAAAUGGGGCCAGAGGAGGAUGGGCUGCAAGACCCAGGCCCUGGGACCAUGGCAGUGAAAGCAACAGAGACCCAGAGAGAAUCUGGGGGAGGAGGUGGAAACAGCAUAUGGCUGGAGCCGAGGGUACCUGUGGCCUCAGGACUGGACCAGCCAAGCACAAGUGUGUCUGACCCAGGACCCCUUGGGUCUUCAGGGACUGGCCCAUCCUCCAGAGCAGCCCAUUUGCACCUGCGAGCCUCAGCCUCAGCACCAGACCCGGAGCUUCCUGCCUCAGAAGUGGGAAUGGGGCAGAGUCCAGCAGACAGCGGGGCAUCUCUGUUCAGCUCCCCAGAAGUGCUCAGUGUGUGGGAGAGACUUCCUGGUUCAGAUGACAUUCCUGGGGGCCAGGAUGAGGAGAUUCCCCAAGAUGGAAGCCAGCUUUUCGAGGAGCUGAACACAGUGGAGGAUUCCUGGCCUUGGGAUGUGAUCACCAUUUCUCCUACAGCAGAGGUUGCUUCAUCUACUACCAUGCAGGGAGAAUCCGAUGAGGUGCCUCCUCCCCAGGUGCAGCCCGCAUCACCAGCUGCUGUGUACCCCAUGGAGAGCGAGGGGCACCCUGCGUUGCAGCUGGAGCCAGAGCCUGAGCAGGGAUUGGAUGAGGGGCCAUGGCCUGGCACACCACCUCCCAAGCCACCACGCCUCUUCACACCCACAAAUUCCCAAGUGGAGGAGGAGGAAGAGGAGGACCAAGAGGAGGAAGAGAAUGCUCCAGGGGGUCUGAAUAGUGGGGGGCCAGGGAUAGAAGAAGACACCACCCUAAGUGAAUUGGUUGUUGGUCCCCAAGAGUCUAAGGAGGAGGGGGUAAACCCAGAGUUGGAGGAAUUGCACAGCUUAUCCUCUGGGACCAUGAUGGGUGAGCUAGAACUUGAAGAGCUGGUAGGAGAUACUGGUGCUCCUGGGUCUGGGGCCUGUCCACCAAGUCCCACCAGCUGCCUUGAGGGACCCAUCCCCAGAUCCCAUAGCUCAACCAGCUCAACUCUGCUGAGUCAGAAGGUCUGGGGGACUUCAGAUACAGGUGAGAGCCUUGAAACCCAGAGCCAGGAGCUAGCCAAAGAGGGGUUUGAACCUCUCUCGGCCACCCCUCAGCAGGCUGAUCUGUGGGUCUCAGAGGAGGAGGAGGAGGAGGAUGCCUUGAAUCCCUUCUUAUGUCAGGAGAGCCAAGAUCCCCCCAGCCUCCCAUCCAUAUCACCACCAGGGUCAAGGGAAUCCUCUGUCCACUCUGGUCCAGAAGAGUUGCCCACACCCCCAGAACCUGCCUUCCCACCUCCCCCUCUCCCACCGUGGGCCAGCCACCGCCAUGGGGUGCCAGGCCCUCCAUGCCCUCCUCUGCCUGUAGCCUGGCCCUUGACCUCUUCCUCACCUCCCGAGGAGCCAGCUUCACCCCUUGGUCCCCUUGAGCUGUCCCCCACUGGGGGCUCCCCUACACCAUAUGGGGAAGACCGCGCUGCAGCCACCCCAGCCUCCCCGCUUGUGCUUCUGCCCUUGGAGACACGACCAGCUGAGGAGCCCCAGCUCAGUGGCAGUCCCCAUCCGGUGAAGCCCCUCAGCGCUGCCCCUGUGGAGGCUAGCCCCGACAGGAAACAACCCCGCACCAGCCUGAGCACAGCCCUUAGCAGCGGACUGGAGAAGCUCAAAACCGUCACAUCCAGCAGCAUCCAGUCUGUGGUUCCAGCAUCUCAGCUUGGCCCAACUGUGGACACUAAGAGGCUGAAGGACUCUGCUAUGCCGGACCAGUCGGCCAAGUACUAUCACCUGACUCAUGAUGAGCUCAUUGGCCUGCUCCUGCAGCGUGAGCGUGAGCUGAGCCAGAGAGACGAGCAUGUGCAGGAGCUGGAGAGCUACAUUGACCGGCUGCUGGUGAGGAUCAUGGAGACGUCGCCCACGCUGCUGCAGAUUUCCCCUGCUCCCCCCAAGUAACCCCUCACUCCAUCCCUGGAGGGCUGGUGAGGACCUGUGUCACACCCUCCACUGACUACUCUCACCUCAGUUGGGCACAGGCUGCUCUCAUGGUCACUGUCUGCUCCCCUCCCCAUCCUGCCUCUGCUACGGUGGCUGGAAGGGGCCCCUUUGAGCUCCCACUAGAGCCUGGGCCUUUCCUAUCUGCCCAUUUCACACUUGUAGCUUUGGGGCCCCCUAGAGAAUUGGAACAAGGAUAUUAGCUGUCAACAUGAAACAGGAGUGAGCUGUGGUAUCUAGGGCAAUACUGUUGCCCGUACAGAUUUAAUCACCCCAUAAGGUUGGUCAGUUGUUUCUUCUUGGCUGACCCUUAAUGUCUAUGUCCCUCCAGCACCUGGAGGUCCUCCUGGAAUUGACUAGGACUGGGAUGGGGACCAAGCUGCUUGCUUGUCUGUGCACUAUAGACAACCAGGACACCUACACCUCAAUCUUGUGCCUGUGCCCUAAGAGUAGGGAGCCUGUAUGUUUUAGUCUUGUCUCUCUUUCUGUCUGGGACAGUGUGUGGAGCAGGUAUACAGUGCGGUGGUGAUAUGUGUGUGUGUCUUCAACUGCUCCCACCCCUCUUCAGACCCCCCACUCCAUGUCCCAGUGGUGAAGGGUGGUGGGGCUGGGGGCAGGGAGAAUGACUCUUUGCUCCCGAGCCUCUCCUUACCUCCCAAACAUGAGACCCUCCAGGUUAGGGCUUUGGGCUUCUCAUGUUUUGGGGAUCAGGCCUCCAUGUCUGUUGUUACCACUUGUCCAGAUGCCAAAACUGUGCUACUGUGGGGUCAGAAAUUUUGGAAACCAAUUAAAAUGUGCCUUUUGUGGGUGAGGACAAGAGCCUCUGGAUGUAGACCUCUCUCUGGCCGUGGUGCCCCCUCCCUCCUAUUGAGCACAUGAAAGUGGCUGUUAGGGUCCUGAAAGGGGAAGGUGGACCAGGCUUUUUGCUUCCCUGAGAAGUACCUCAGAGCCUUAGCUCUGACCAACCUGCUGCUACCCCUAAGUCUUCCUCCCACCUCCUGCUCCUCCUUUGACCCACAUUUGGAGCAUUCUGUAAGCCUGGGGCUACCCUGCACCUUAUUGUGUCUGGCCUUGGGUCCCAGCUGUACUGGACCAGUGGGCUUGUCUGGGAGUGGGAGGCUUCACUCUGCCUUAGGAGACACCUGUGCUUAGGAAAUGCCUGUGGCCCUCUAGCUGUUCUGUAAGCUGCUGUGCAGCCUCCUUCUUGCUCACCAACCCCUUCCACAUUUCCUGGCUUGACUGAAGUGCAUUUCAAAGCCAAGUAUCUACCCUGUGGUCCAGCUUCUAGUUUGCUUGCGGAUACAGCAGGUCUCCCAUGGCAUCUGCAGGGGUCCUUGGUGGCUGUGCAUUAGCAAAACAUACAUAUGAAGGAGGUGGAGGUGAGAUGCUGAGAAAGAUGUUUUUGGUCCAGUGGAAGGCAACAACUGUCUCUUAAUGGCAAGGUCAUGAGUUCACUCAGAACACCUCAGGAGGGUAGUAUGGAUGAUGUCAGUCUUCUGCCAGCAUAAAGUGGAUGAACCCCACAAUGGGGUUUCCCACAGCGCAGUUGCCAACUCCAGGCCAACUCAGAAAUGAGGAAAGUAGCCACCUGUUCCCAGAUUCUUGACCACAUUGGGGGGUGGGGCCAUUGGAGAAUGUCUCUUGAGGAAGUGAGCUCCUGUGCUAGGUAUUCCUCUGGGUUUUAUUUGGUUCCAGCCCUGUCCUUCGUCUUUCACCGGUCCCUGCUGUUUGGCCUCCCCACGUGGUCAGGGCAGGGGUGUCGUGGGAGAGGUUCUGACCUGAAGCCAGGGUUUUGCUUGUGUCUGCUCCACACCACACAUUGCAGAGUGCAGCAGGCAGGCAGGCAGAGAGCAGGCUCAGCUCUGCUCUGCCGCUUGUCUUCCUAUUCAAACUCCUGUCUAUAAAGAGCUUGUUCUUCAUGUUUUGAGCACUUUAUGAAGAAUAAAAAGUUCGUGUACCACA